GCGAAUGCUUUCAGGAGAAUAUAGAACUUCCUUCUUCUGCCCCUCAUUAAGAAGUGCCUCCGUGAUGAAUUGGUUGCUUAUCAUCGGCUUGGCAGCCUGAACUUCAAAGGACCUUUCUGUCCUUCUAUUGCAGCUGUUGUGUUCGAUUUUAUACGGAAAAUAUGAAGGGAAGGGAAUUUAAAGCCCACAUUUUUAUUGAGGCACACACAGCUUCAGCAGCUGCUCUUACAAGGGUCUCAUCAAAUAACAAGCUGGAGAAAGCCCGGGAGGUCUAUUUUCCAAUUCAGCCUUGGAGGAGAUUCCAGUGGAGACUGUCUGUGGCGGUGCAGGCUGCCUGAGAUUUAGAGGACCCAUUUCCCUUAUCUAAUGAAUUCAGGCUCGAGAACCGUGCAAAAGCUUUCAACUGACAAGACACCAAGAGAGCUGAUGUGAGACUGAAGGACAGCUGGCACGGACCCAGCCCCUCUCCAGCAUAGCUCUGGAAGCCGAAAACCCGCACAGCUUCGAGGCUGUCAGAACGAAGAUGCCAGCAGGAAGAUCGUCAAAAUAUUGCCAUUAGAUGGAGAACUGCGCGGAGAGCCUCUGCUGCACAGAGGAGCCUUCGUUUGAAAUGAAGAACGCAGUGACACUGUUACAUCCAUUGCCACUCCACUAAAUAAAUGACUGAGGUCAUAAAGUGAGGAAGUGAUCUGCGGAUUCGAGUCCAGGAAGUCCAACCCUGACGUCUGACCACUGAUUCCUUUCCACCGUGUCCCCAAGUAACAGGAAAGAGCACCCUCCCCCUCUGCUUCCUGGUCUCCAUGAUGUGAGUACCUUUUCCUCCACCAUGCUCCUUGGCCCCACCAUCCCACCUUGAAGCCGGCCAACUGCGGACCAAAACUCAACGAGAAAGUGACUGACAAGAAAUGUGUAAAUUAUUCUCCAACGAUUUUGAGAAAUCUCAUCCAUAUUUACCCAACGUAACACGACUUGGGAGCCAUGUAUGUGCCUGUUCGCAUCACAAGACAAAUAAGCAUUAUGAAAGAGAGCAAUGCCACAACCUAAGAGUUGGCUGAGCAAAAUAUUGAUUACACUCGCAGUUCCUUAAGGAGAUCCUGGCUUUUAUUACAAGUGUGCAAAUAACAAGUUCACGGGCUACCACCGCCCACUUGAGGCUGCACCCAAGACACCUCCAAGGCUUGGCUUUGCAUGUGUUUUAUCACCUGCCCCGGACACCCGGCCUCUCUGGCUCCCAUUAGGAAUCGCAGAAGGGUGUUCGCGAUACAGUAGUGAAGGAAGAGUUAAGUGUUCGCCCGCAAGGCUGUUACAACCUGGAGGGCAGCGGUGGAGAAUGAAAACCAAUCUCGGGCCUCUUGGAGGCUGCUCAGUGUUAUGGGGAGAAUAAAGAGGCAUCAAGAGCGGGGUCGCAGGAUUGCUCCAGGAAGAUGAAGAUGCUGAAACUAAGACCCAAGGAAAUGCAGUGAGCUGCCCCCAGUCUCAGGGAGAGCACCUGUGCAGCUGAGAAUCAAACCCGGGUCUUGUGGACCUCGCUCUUCUGUGCAGUUCUUGCUUUCUGUCUUCACCUGAGUGUCUAGCUUCUGUAGCGCUCACGAGGGGAAGAGGGGAACAAGGCAACUUAGAACGUGACCCAGCUCUGGGUUCCUACUGAGAUUCAGUAUUUUUCAUCUCUGCGGUCUCUUUUUAUAUUUCUGCAAAACUUCAGAGAUCUAAAAAAUCUGUUCUGGAUUUGAACUCAGGACCGUGCGCCUGCCAGGCCGCAUUUUCGCCUCCCAGCCUGUCCCUGGGCCCUGUGGCCACUUCCUGCAGCAGCUCUGGAAGUCCCCGUCAUGAAUGCUUUAUGAGGUGUUAUUAAAAAAGACACCGCGAACGCUGCCGCCCAGGACCUUCCGAGGAAAGGCAGCUCCCGGGACCCCGCACCGCGCAUCCACCGAGGAAAACACGGAUCUGUAGGGGGCGCGGGGAGCCGCCGUGCAGCUGCAGACGCUCAUGCCUGCAGAGCGGCUUCGGGACUGGGAGGAGGACUGCAGCGAGUCCCCAAACCGGGGCAGGGGCCCAGGGGGUCAAGGCAGCGCGUCUCCCCCUGGAAUAAAUCUGAAAAGGUCUGCGCUUCCACCGCGUUUUCUGGCCGCGUCUGAUGGGAGCACGGGGCUCUUGGCCAGGCUACGGCGCCCCCGACCCUGGAGGCACCGCUGCACCGCGCACAGGGGAGCUCUCUGGACACGCCUUCCCUCCUGGUCCCCCUGGCGGGCCUGUGCUUUUCAGUCUUCUGCUGUUCAGUUUUGCAGAUCUACAGUGCUUAGUUGCCACGUUAUCUCUUCUAAAUUUGCUCAUGUUUUGUCUCUUAAAAAAAAAAAAAAAAAAAAAAAAAAAAGAGUGCUUUCAAAUUUUCCCCCUUAGUGACAAUUUAGUGACACUUUACCUAAAGGAGAUAACCUGAUGUUUAGAUCGAUGCUCACAAAUAGAACUGUAUGUUUACAUUUUAAUGUAACUGUGUCUGAUAGAGAAGCUUCUCUUAUUUUUUUUCUGACCAUCCUCAUUUUUGGAGGAUCUCUUUCUAUAGGCCACUAUUUGUGGAAUUCAUAAAGGCUGCAGUCCUAUCAGGAAAUUUAAUUAACUGGAGUUUGUCACCCUUCUAGAACACCAGGGGACUUUAUAUCUACUACAGCUUUCUGCUAAAAAUAUUACCAGCUGGACUUAUGAUAAGAUUCAUCCGUGAAAAUUAAUUUCUGUUUCUGUUUAUCCCACAAUUAAUUACCUUAUCUGUAAAAAUUAUACCUUCCAUGCUGAUCACAUUCAGCCACUAGUUUUAUGAAAACACAAAACUAAUUAUAAUGGCCAAACACUUGGAAGGCGUAUGUCUAGUUUGUCUCCUUAAUUCUUAUAAAUAUAGCACAAAUAUCUCUUAUAAGAGAUAACAACAACUGUAACACAUAAAAUUAGAAUUCUGCAGAUAACGCAUCCCAGGAAACAUCCCUUCCUCCUUCAAUGAGUUGAUCAAAAAACAUUCUUGGGACUUCUUGGAUUAGUGACACUUGUCUGUUCUAACUUGAGAUAUUUAAGAAAUGUAAGGAGGGGGUGAGUGUGGAGGUCUCAUUUUUCCUGAUGGUUCUGGCUAUGGAAAGCUGGUGACAUCCCCAGCAAAGUCCAUCAGGAUCCUGGAGACGCCCUGGGAGAAGACAGGCUUGAAGACCUGGAAGGGGAAACCGUCUUCCCGGGAAGUUUCUGACACCAAGGAUGUGGCUGGGAAAGCUAAGAGGUUUAUCUUGAGGCCGUGACGGGAGAAGGACAGAAGGCAGAGGACCGGCUGGCUUACCUUGUGCCCCAGGGCACACAGAGCCUGGGUCUCUAGGCCAAGGCCCUGGUGGCAGAUCUGCUGGUCUCCUGCAUCACCAGCCCCAUCACAGCGUACACUAGAAAUGUCGUUCUCUUUUGUCAUAAAGUUUUCUUUGUGUGCGUGUAUGAGUUUUAACUCAGCUGUGUGAAACCAUCACCACCACAACAAUCGGGACACAAAUAAACCCAGUGAUCUUUAAAAUAGCUCCCUGGCGCUCUUUGGUGGUGAAGCAAUCCUCUGGCCUCUAACCUUUCGGGGCCACCGAGCUGUGCUUCGCUUGUACAGUUCUGCUUUUUCUAAGAUGUGGCGUAUCUGGCUCGCAUACUUUAAGCACAUACUGAAUGUCACAAGUUAAUCCAUGGGUGGGAAACCAAGUUAAGGAAACUAGUUAGUCUCAUAGAGGAAUACUAUGGUCAGUGAUGCAGGCAUGCAGAGUUCUGGCACCCAGUGCCAGAUCUUGUGGUCCCGUGGCCAGCUGCUUAGGAAACUGGACCUGGCCUCCCACUCUCUGAUGGACAGCAGCAUAAUGUGCUGCCUUAGUAAACUCAGUUAAAACCACUGCUGAUGGGAGGUGGCUGGAACAGCGAUGUCUACUGACGAGCAGGCGGCACCUCCAGGAUCCUGCGGAAACGUGAAACACUUAGGGAGACAGCUCUGUGGCGUUAAUCAAAGACUUUCUGGAAGGAGGUCAUUAGUUGUGAUAUUUAUUUGCAUAGAAAAACUAAAUUAUCUUAGGUUGUCCUAAGCACACCCAGAAAAUUUAAUCGGUUAAUUUAAAUCUGCAAAAAGGUUAAUGUGGCUAUAGUGAUGCCGCAGCUCUGGGGACCCCGCGGCUUUGUCUGGCACUUCUCACGGGGAUGCGGUUCAGGGUCCUGGCUCACGUUUCACGCUGAGCACCCCAAGCCCUCUGCCCUUCUCCUUCCUUCCCGUCUCUUUAAUCCCUUCCUUUCUUCUCACUCGUCUGCUGUCUUCAGUCACAGGUUCCUGCACUGUCAGCUCGAGGACAAUGGGAACCACGCAUGCAUUGCCCUCCGCGCUGGCCUGUGCGGGUCCUGCCGUGCGUGGGAGCCCGAGCCUUUUCACUGCAACGUGCUGCUUCCUGUGAAGGCACUGGUAGUGGCGGACUGGUUGGCACGUGCCAAGGGAGGAGGGUGACAGGAGCUCGUCAGAGAAGCCAGAAUCACAUAGGCAUCCCGACCUCCCGGCGAGAAGCAGCACCAUCAGACAAGCCCGCCCUUGUUCCAGGCCUGCCUGCUGGGGUCCUGGCCUUCCUGGGGAGUAACGAGUUCCCCACGGGGCCAGGACAUCGGGGGAGGCACGGCUGGGGUCUGAGCCCAGUGACCACAGCGAUGGCCUUGCAGAGCCUGGGAGCCUCUGUGCAACACAGGCACCGAUUUUAAAAUCCCAGUUUGAAAGCUGAACAGGCACUUAGAUAUUUCAGAUACAGCACUGGCAUCUGAACAUGCCCUCUGAGUGUAAUCAAGUAACAGCAGCCAGGUUUGUAUCCAAGCAGAACUGUCCAGUGGCCACCAGGGACUGAAAUAAGGCCAAAGGAUGACCUGCGGUGGACAUUCUGCAAGGGGAGGGCACCACAUGGCUGUCUAGACAGAAUUUAAUGAACAAUUAUCCCAUGAAUGGUGAACACCGCCCCAUGGGAACUGACAGGGAAAGUGAUGCCACUGGGUUUCUUUCCUCAGAGUCCCAGAGUCUCUUCUGGUGCUGGGCAUGUACUGGGCGGUGGAGCUGAGGGUGAUCAGCAGAGUGAGGUGUUUAGUGGUCCAUUGUUGGAGUGGAUCCCAGGCUGUUGGGCACCCCUAAACUCAACCUCUUCUCUUUGUAUGAUUCCAGCCUCAGGUAAUGCAGGGGCUAUAGCCAGGAGCCCGGGCUCAGCAGUCAGGGGCAAGGAGACAGAAGACUGAGGAGUCCCUGCAACUGGUGGCCUUCCAGUGCAAUCUCAGGCAUCUGCCUGGGGGCCUAGGGUCAGGAUCCUAGGGGGAGGGAGGCAAAGCAGGUGGGUGUUAGACCUCAGCGCCUGGGCUGGAUUCCGCAUGGAGCUCUAGACGCAGGCGGCAACUGCAGGAAGGCUAGUGAUGGAUCCUGAGCAGAGUUUCAAGUUUUCAUCCCAGGGUAUUGGAGGUGAGUAGCUUUUAUAUCUAAAUGGAUUUACAGAGCUCAACUGCGAAGCAGGGCCGGUGCUCCGGAAUCCUCGCCCGGCUUACACUGUAGCCCAGGCUGCAGCAGGAAGCCCAGAUUAGAGAGCCAUGAUGCCUGCCAAGGUGGCCGGGAAGAAGGGACGUUGGCAAGAGGUCAGCCACUUCCAGUCCCCAGGGUGCAGGGUGCAGAGUGCACACGGGCAAACCUUCUCAGGCGAAGCUGAACAGCAAACAACCCCGCUGAGAGCAGCAAGACAGGCCCGGGAAUGACUUUGCAAUUCAGAGUUCUUUCCUGUGAAGGACUUUGGCUUAUUAAACUGCUACUUACAUUUCCAACAUUGGGAGGUAAAAGACAGAUAAAAAUUAUAUCUUUAUUACAAAUUAGUCCACAGGCUGUGGCAAAACUGCCAUCCGUACUCACGCGGUGAUGGUGCAUUCCCCAAGGGUUAGUCACAGGCUCUGAAAGAGCUCCUUCUGCAAACAGACGCAGCUCUAUUGUUAUGUUUUAGUCUGACUUUCUUGGAAUGCUUCAGGCUUUCUUCAGCAAUUAAAAAAGAAAGCAUUAAAAGACAUGUUGGCCUAACAAUUUUGAUAAAAGAAACACGAGCUAAGAGGCUCAGUGAUAUUAUCCUACGGAUAUUAGUGGCUAUUGUUCCUCUGAAGUGCCUAUAAAAACAGCCGCUGCCCUUCCCUAAGUUGCAUGACGUUGACAAUAACUUUUAACUUGUGUUUCUUCAAAGUUUAAAAAAGAAUCAGAAAAAUAUUUAAUCUGUUCAGUUCCUUUUGUGUUGUGCCAAAACAUAUCUUAGAAUUUCAGGGAGUGGACCUAGUUGAAUAAAACCUAAAGAUCAAAGGCAAUGUUUAGAAUUUGGGUAGGAAACGUACAAAGGAAAUUUAAAUAAUACCCAAAAUAAACAAGUGGGGAAUUCGGGAUAGGACUCCACAGCACAGGCAGCAACUUCUGAACUCCACUGGGACUUUUUGUCACCAAAUGUUCAAGUCUAAAUGAUGUUAUUUAUGCUUGGGGACUGGGAGGAUUAAGUGAGAUCAUUAAAGCUUGAUCUGGAAUUGUACAGAGCCACAUACUUCAAGGUCAACAGGAUGAGAUCUGGACCUGCAGUUUCCUGGGCUCCCACAGAGCUUCAGAGCAUGCAAGAAUUUGGGGGGCCUUCUCUUUAGUUGCAUGGGAGUGGGAGCUGUCAUUCCCUACAUUUCCAACAUUGGGAGGUGUUGGGAGCCGCAGCCCCGAGCCCGGUCGCCUCACUUGGCGGACGUGAGGCCUGUAGUAAAGAGUGAGGCCUGAGGUAGAUUACCCCUCCCAUCGAAUAUGUUAGUUUCCUGCUUACCGCGUAAACAACCCGCUCAACAAUAUAGUCUGCCUGGCAACUGAUGAUGUUAGCCAAUCAGCUUGCCUUGCUUACUUUAACAUGAUUGGACACUGUACCCGUAUAUAUACCGGUGCCACCCCUGGGCGGAAGUAGAAGCCAGAUAGAAGCCCGGAAGUAGAAGCCCAAAAGGAGCCGCGAAGAGCGGACCGGUAGAGGCUUUGGGGCAGACUGAAGCACAAAAGGAGCCGCGGGAAGCGGACCAAAGGAGGCUUCAGCUGGGAGAACCCAGGGCAGGCUGUACGGAGAAGGAAAAUAAAAAGAAAAGGUUGUCCACUACCAGACUUUGUCGUGUGUCCUUCCUGCCGGCCGGGAGCGGACAUCGACAUUUGGAGGCCCGCCCGGGGACUGAUCACCCCCGCGACGUGGAAGUGGACAACGCUCCAGUACAGAGCUGCGAGACAGGUGAGUUGGGGAUAAGCCUGGGCUCUGGGUGGCGCGCACCUACAGGGCUUUUAGACUCCCCUCAGGCUCACGCGUAAGUGGCGGAUUCCUUGGGCCUCACGCGGUGAGUAACAUAUUAAAAAAUGGGAAACAUGCUAGGUAGCGGCACUAAGAGCGAGGGUGGUUGUGGAGAAAGCUCUCAAGAGCUUACAAAAGUACGCAGGGUAUCUGAGCAGGCCCAGUCAGGGAGCUCCCGAGAGGUGUCUGUCAAGGGGAACAAGGAUGCUAAGGAGGAGGACGGGGCUCUAGCCUCGGAGUCGUCUGACUCCGAGGACGAGGGAAAGUUGAAUGGCAGGGAGGCCAAAGAGACUAGCUGUCAGGAGCCUAAGUCGCUCCAUAAGGAGUCGGGUCUGCGGAAGAGUAGAGAGCUCCUGAGUGCGCUCCGGCGCGAGAGGGAGGCAAAGCCUUCCGCCCCACCUCGGGGGCCGUUCCCGGAGGCGAUUCCUCGCCACGAGGCGGCCGCCUGGGAGCCCCCCCCCCUUUCGCCAGAACAGGAAGUGAUGCACGGGCCCCCACUCUCCGCCCAAUCACGGCCGCUGUCUUAUGCUCCGCCGCCGGCAGGUCGGUAUUUUUACAGGCGGCUUUGGCAGGGGGGACGCUUGUCUCAUGAGGUACAUCCACCUGGGAUAGAUAGUGGCCCCUACGAGAUAUUUCCUGUACAAGUAGCUAUGGGCCAGGGACGCAAUGUAUGGGAGCCUUUUGAGAUAAAGCAGAUUAGAGAACUUAAAAAUGCAGUUACAACCUUUGGGCCGACUGCGCCUUACACCAUUGCCAUGCUGGAGAAUCUGUCUUCUGGGCCCCUCACCCCCGCGGACUGGAUUCAGCUGGCAAAGGCGUGUCUGCCCUCGGGCAGUUACCGGGAUUGGCGAGCCUGGUAUGCAGAGUUCUCUGCCGAGCAGGCUGAGAAAAACGCCAAUCGAGGAAACCGGGGGUGGAACAAGGAAAUGCUUAUGGGAGAAGGUCGGCACGCUGAUGACCAGACCCAGUUCCCCGGCGCUGUCUAUGAGCAAAUCAAUGCCAUAGGACUCCGCGCCUGGAAGCAAGUAAGUGGUGCUGGAACAGCCUCCUUGUGUCUUUCAAAAAUAAUUCAGGGUACCACAGAGCCAUUUGUUGACUUUGUGGCCCGAAUGCAAGAUGCUGCCGAUAAGAUAUUUUCUGAUCCGGGAGUGGCUCGACCGCUGGUAAGGCAGCUGAUUUUCGAACAGUGUACAAAGGAGUGCAAGGCAGCGAUAGCUCCUCAUAAGAACAAGGACCUCAAUGCCUGGAUUAGGAUAUGCAGAGAGAUAGGGGGGCCGCUCUCCAACUCGGGAGUGGCUGCUCUCCUGGCCGCAGCUAUACAGCAGAGGGGACCUCGCGGGUUAGAAGGGGAAUGUAAGGCUAAAGGGUGUUUUGCCUGCGGGGAGCCAGGACACAUUAAACGUCACUGCCCAAACAAUGCAGAUGCUAGGCCUCGUCCUAGGAAUGAAGAACCAUAUGUUUGUGGGCGAUGCAAGAAGGGAUCACACAAAGCUGAGGAGUGUAGGUCGGUCUUUGAUGCUCAGGGCAACCGUAUUUGUGGACAAGAUGCUAGAGAGCCAAAAAACGGCCAGAGGGGGCCCCCUUCGAAGGCGGGCCCCCGCCCCAGAGACAGGACAGCUCAGGGUGGCAGCCUUCAACAAGGGCCACCCCUGGGUCAGCAGGUGUGGACCUCAGUGUCGCCUCAGGACUUAUAUUAGUGCCUGAUAUGGGUGUUCAAGUGGUUGAAACCACUUUUAAGGGACCGUUACCCAAAAAUUCCGUGGGUCUGGUGAUCGGGAGAUCCUCCACGGCCCUUCGGGGUCUCACAGUAGUCCCGGGGGUCAUAGACUCAGACUACACAGGACAUAUUAAAAUUAUGGUUCAAUCUCUUGUGGGUACUAUGGUAAUCAAUAAAGGAGACAAGAUAGCGCAGCUCUUGCUGCUCCCCAGUCUCCACAAGAGAUUUCCCUCAAAGCAGAAAAUUAGAGAAAGUCAAGGUUUCGGUUCCUCAGGGGAAGUCUUUGAGGGACUCCAUAUGACACUUGGUAAAAGGCCCAUGGCACAGGGGAAUGCGGCUGCUGACACUGCCACUCGCCCGUUAUGGAUUUUUACCUUACUAACACCAAUCGAGCGAGCCCGUGCCUUCCAUGAUAAAUUUCAUGUUAAUGCCAGGACACUAGCAAACCAUUUCCAUGUUUCUAGAGCAGAUGCACGAGAUAUCGUGCGACUAUGUGACUCCUGUGCCACAUACAAACCUGCCAUACCGAUGGGAGUAAACCCUCGAGGUUUGAUCCCUGGUGAUGUUUGGCAGAUGGACAUCACACAUAUACAGGAGUUUGGGACUCUUAAAUAUGUUCAUGUUUCCACAGACACCUGUUCUCGCGUCAUAUUUGCAACAGCAGAAACAGGUGAAAAAGUGUCUAAUGUGAUCAAUCAUUGCCUGGCAGCUUGGGCCGCAUGGGGCAAACCAAAAAUAUUAAAAACUGAUAAUGGACCAGCCUAUAUAGGCAAAGCCUUCAAUGAGUUCUGCAAAAUGAUGGAGGUUCAAUUAAAACAUGGUAUCCCAUACAAUCCCCAAGGUCAAGGAAUCAUUGAGAGGGCUCAUAGAAGCCUCAAAGAAAUUUUACAAAAACAAAAAGGGGGAGUAGGCCAAGGCCUGGCCCCAAAGGCACGAUUAUCCAUGGCACUAUUCACACACAAUUUUUUAAAUUUAAAUAAUGAUAAUCGCUCCCCAGCUGUGGAGCACUGCAACCCUUCCCCCAACCAUAAAGGGUGGGUGAAGUGGAAAGAUGUCCUGACAGGACAAUGGAUGGGCCCGGAUCCAGUGGUCAGCUGGAACCGAGGCGCGGUUUGUGUUUUCCCACAGGAACCGGGACGAGAACCACUGUGGAUACCGGAGAGACUGACACGGGCAACAAAGCCCUCGACUAAAGAUCAGACCUGCCCUACUGGAGAUCCAUCACAGACCAACCAAUAAGAUGAAUAGAAAUAGCGGUAGCCCGAAAUGGACAAGAAGAUCCUCAGGCAUAUGCAUGGCUUGCUCAAUUGGCCCACGACCGAGUCUAGAUAUGGCGGGCAUCCCUCAUUCUCCUCCAUAAGGUGACAAUACACAGCAGGGUAGGUGAGUCAAUGACGGGUAAGAGCGUGCCUCCCCAGCACGACUCGACCUAAGCCAGGCCCUACCCCAUCCUGCACGUAAGCCGCUGGACUGUUAGAUGCUGCCCAGGUCUAAAUUUCUCUCCGAGGGGAUUUCUUUACGGAGAGGAAAUGAGUGCAAGCUUGUGUGCAUCCAGGUUCCGUCCAGUUUGUGCCUGGCCCUAGAAAAAGGACGAGGGCCUCAGGGCCUUGGCAGACCAUGGGACGGCCGACCAGGGUCUAAGCCAAGGACCUACGGUGGGCCUACGCAUAGGGCAUAAGCCUCUGCACCCAGUCCAGGAAGGGCUACGAUGCGCACAUUCAUAAAAAAUAAAAAAGGGGGAGAUGUUGGGAGCCGCAGCCCCGAGCCCGGUCGCCUCACUUGGCGGACGUGAGGCCUGUAGUAAAGAGUGAGGCCUGAGGUAGAUUACCCCUCCCAUCGAAUAUGUUAGUUUCCUGCUUACCGCGUAAACAACCCGCUCAACAAUAUAGUCUGCCUGGCAACUGAUGAUGUUAGCCAAUCAGCUUGCCUUGCUUACUUUAACAUGAUUGGACACUGUACCCGUAUAUAUACCGGUGCCACCCCUGGGCGGAAGUAGAAGCCAGAUAGAAGCCCGGAAGUAGAAGCCCAAAAGGAGCCGCGAAGAGCGGACCGGUAGAGGCUUUGGGGCAGACUGAAGCACAAAAGGAGCCGCGGGAAGCGGACCAAAGGAGGCUUCAGCUGGGAGAACCCAGGGCAGGCUGUACGGAGAAGGAAAAUAAAAAGAAAAGGUUGUCCACUACCAGACUUUGUCGUGUGUCCUUCCUGCCGGCCGGGAGCGGACAUCGACAGGGAGGUAAGAGAUUGUUGUGUCCACAGCCUACUCUUAGGGCAUGAUCUUCCUUGGCUCUCAAUAUCGGGGAUCUAUCUUUCAGGACAGACAACCAUCCCCAAACUCAACCAUGGACAGAUUGAUUUAACUAAGUUUAUUAAUCAGUAGAUAAUUAUUCAUCAGUAGUGAAUCAUCUUCCUGGACAUUCAGCAUAGUUGAUCAGGUGUUGUUCUGGACUACAAGGUCACACUGCUAACUAAGCAGGUGGCAUUUCCACCCUAGGAAAGGAGUCUCUUUUGGGCUAAAUCCUCUGUGCUGACCCUGGGCUUCUGCAGCUGGACCUGCAGGGCUGUUGCUUCUCUCUGGUACAGCCCCAACACCCCUCCCCCCGCACUCCUGGGGUGGGCUUUGUGCACUGCUUUUUUUCUCUGUUGCCUUUCCAUUUCUCCAUCAUUUUUAGGUUUCCUCUCCACUACCUGGACCUCUUUGGUCUUGCUAAGUGGCAGUUUUCCAGCUGUCUCAAUUCCAGAUCACAAGAGGCUGUGACCUACUCCCUGGUCCUCCCCCCCCCCCCCGUCCUGUUUCUCUGGAUGUGUUUUUCCCAUACCGUGCUGCAUUCUCUGCAUUGUGGUUUCCAACCACGCCAGAUACUGGACUCAGGGUGAGCAGCUACGAAUCUAGGUUCCCAUUCUCUGCAAUGGAGGCAGAAAUGGGCGUUCCAAUGCCGGCCCUUGGGUGGGGUGCAGAGGCUGGGCUGGCAGGUGGAGCAGCCAUAGAAGCCAGCUGCCUGGAGAGGAGGAAGUAGAUACGGCCCGAGGCCCAUGGAGAAGUGAGGCUCACACCCAAGACAUCCCUAAGGCUGUCCUGCCUUGUAUUGCUUUGAAACACACAGAGUGUGAGACCCCUGUCGGUGGCUGAAGCAGGGGUGUGGGGCUUGAUGGUGAAGGCAUGAAAUGGGCUGACAGAUGGGCAGCCCCAGUGAUUAAACUUGGGAGCAAACAGGAGGCCAGAGAAGAGGGGAAAGGAGCCCCGUCCUGUGUGAAGAUGCAGGGUCAGGCUGGGCAAGGACAAAUGGAAUACUGUAGGCCCAAAAUGACUCUCUUCUGAGUGAACCAGAGUGUUGUUCUGGUUAUCCAAAAAAGCAAUGAUUCAGCAGCCCAGCGGCCAGUCCUGAGCCCUUGAGAGCACGAAACAACAGGACUUUGUGUGUACUUCUCAUCAGAAGUGAGGCUUUUCCGAGUGAUGUUCAACCUAGAUGUAGUUCAUAUCAUGCAUCCAUCAAAGUCAUAAAAGUUCUUCCUGAGGAGAAAAUAUUUAGCAAGAACAGCUGUUGUGGAAAUAUUUUAGGUAGAUCUGUGAACACCUUUUAUAAGAGAGCUACUUCUGGGAUUACUGAUAUCUGUAUGUGGUACAUUAACUGAUGGUCAGCUUGGAACCCAGCUGGACCGCUUCAGCAUCAUGCUGGGUGUGGAAGGCCCACCUGAGCAUCGAUGCUGACAGCGAGCAAAGAGCUGGGGGGUGGGGGAAGCUGGUGAGCUGUUGGUUCUCCUGGAGAAGCUUGUGAUGCUGGUUUUCCUGAUAUGAACUUGGUUGUUCUCAUUAUUGGAGGAGCCCAGGUCCUCGCUGUUGCUGAGGAUGGCUGUGGUUCACUUCGGUGGAGCUCUGAUCUGUAUCUUGAGUGUCACUUCCUGGCUCCAGUGCAGAUCCCUCAGAUCUGCUGGUGGGUGCAGAUCGAUCCUUCAUCCCUCUGGCACACUUUCUAGCUUUCACUGCUGACACUGGGGCCUUCCUAGUGCAGAUCCUUGGUACAAACUUGCAAGAGACAUGGUCGUGGGCUCUAGGGUUCCAGCUGGACUCAUGGAGGACACUGUGGUGGGAUUCAGACCCUCAGCUGGAUUCUUUGGAUCUCCAGAGCCCAGGCAGAUAUCUUGCACUCUUUUGCUUUUGACUCUUUUUUUUUUUUUUUUUUUUUUUUUUUUUUUUGUCUUUUUUGUUUUUACAGGUACCGGAGAUCGAACUCACAACUGCCUGCUUUUAAGGCAGGCGCUUAUGCCACUGAGCUAAAUCCCCAGCCCCUUGCUUUUGACUCUUUGAGUGCAUAUUAUAAAAAUAAUGCUAUAAAUUAUGUGUCCUCUCUUAAAUCUUUUCCCAUGUAAACCCUGACUACAGCACCUUACAGAUUGUUUUCUUCCAAAGAUGACUUCCACAACAGACCCUCUCUUUCAUGGCGAUUUCAGGCUGUGCAACUGCCAACUCUCUCUCAGCUGGUAGGUUCCAUGCCUUUCCCUCUGAGCUGUGAAGCUUUUGUGCAUGAUGUGUCUAAUGCAUUGCUGACAAGUGAGGCUUCUGCAUCGUUGGAGCCAGGGCAUACCUUGCACACUGCGCUCCUGGGGUGGCCAAAGCCAGGAAUCAGCCCUCUAGCUGGGAGGAGCCUCAGGAAGUUUGGACCAGCGGCUGCCACCAAGCUUCUGCCUCUCCAUCUGUAGUCACCAAACACUAAGUGUGUGCGUGGCUGUCAGCCCAGUCAGCUCCAGUGAGGGUAGCCCAAAUCUACUUGUGAACACCCACUGGCCCAAGAAGUGGAUAUAAGAUGCUUCACAGUUCAUAUUUCUAGGCAAAACACAUGGCUUUUGAGAUUUUAAGCUUCUGAAUUUAGAGUGAUUGUUUUUUUAGUAGGUUAUGGGAACAAGCCACAGACAGAAACAAACAAACAGAAAUUUGCAUCCUGUAAAUAUCACCUUGAUAGAGACAUUUCAUCCAGGGAAAUCCUCCUGCUCCUGUCUCAUUUUCCUCUCUGGUUUUGCCAAGGGAGGAGGAAACCCAGCAAAUGCGUAAAACAUUUUUCCAUAUUUGACUAAAGUUGGCUUCAAAGUUUAAAAACAUUAUUAGCUCCUCCCUGGUAAGCAGUGGUGGGGUGGCAGACUGCAGCCCUUCCAGGGGGAGAAUCACCAGCAGCUCCUGAGAUCCCCGCCAUGUUGGAACUUAGGACGCUAUGAAACCAAGCAACCAGCCUGCCUCCUUGCUAAGCAACAGUGAAGCUACUGGUGCACGGCCUACAGUCAAACAUCCCACUUCCCCUACCCCCCUUCUCCUGUGCCCACCAUUAGCAAAUGGGAACCAGAAAUCUGAGCGUCUCCUGGGAGGUUGGCCAUAGCAAAUAAGGGAGACUUCCUUCUACUGUCUCUUUGAAGGCAAAUAUUUUUAUUACUGUUUUGCUCUAUUCUGAUUAAUGGUACUGCUCUAUUCAAUAUUCUGUUUUGAUAAGUUCCAUAAUGUUCUGUAUUUCAUCUCAUUUUGAUAUAUGUGAUUGAAAGAAUGACUGUUAUAAAGAUAAUGAAAUAUACAGUGAUACCUAUUACUGUUAUCCCAGUAACCUGCUGUGAAGUUCUGUAUCAAUUUCACUGUACGAUCUUAGUUGGCUUUAUUCUGUCUUGUUCUGUGUAUUUUACCAUUUUCAAAAUAAAAUUAAAAAAUAUUAUUAGCAAUAAAUGUAGGCUUCUAAUGCAAAA